AUGUAUCAACUGUUGGUCUGGUCUAAAACUUAAAACCAGAAGUUUCCAGGAUGAAGCCCAAAUGGGCACGUGGCAACAAAAUAAAAGUGUGAAAGUGUCUGUGAUUUACUGUGGGACAAAAAAAAAUCUAAGCUCUGUGUCCAUCUCUGCAGUUGUCCCAGCAGUUGGGCUGUCUACUGGACAUGCUCUGUGCUGACAUUGCUCCAGCUAAUGGAGCUUCAAUUCAACAAAACCUCAAACUGUUAGAGGAGAAGCUGCAGGCUGUUGAGGCAGGUCUGGCUUCUCUGUGUCAGAAGGGGGUGCUGUUGCUUGAGCAGAUGUGCAGCCAGCAGUCACGGCCUCUGGAGGAAACCGAGAGUCCAGCCGGAGAACAGCAGGACAACGUUCAGCACAUCCAGGGUGUGAUGGAGGAGAUGCAGCUCCACAAGGAGGGGGUCUAGUGUCUUUUAUGUGGGUCCAAAUGUGCAGAUGGUAAAUGACCGGAGUCAGAACUGUCAGAACUCAUAGCAGUGAGUAGUGCUGGGGCCUCAGCACUCUGAUCCUUACUCUGUGAUUUGAAUAGCGUGUGCAGUGCACAGGUCACAGAUGGGGCCAACAGUAUUGUGCUCUGAACAGUGAUGUAACAAACUAUUUUAGUGCCUGCCUGCACUGAUAUUGCACCAGUCACAUUACAGCAUUAACACUGGUGUUUGGUACCAAAAAUUCAUGCCCACCAGACAAUGCAGUCAAAUAAAAAGGGCACUAACCCAGGAGAAAAGAAUAUAAAAUUUAAAUUUUAUAAUAAUUUGUGCUCUUGAUUAAACAUAUUUUACAGGAUGGUGAACUGUUGCUGCCAUGGCAAAACGUUUGAUGAUACUGCAGAUGUCACUCAGUCUGUAAAAACUUGGCUCUGGGGCUCUGGAUUGCACAAAGGGCAUUUGCCGAGGGAGCAGGAUUUGUAAUAUGAUACAAGAGUGCAAAUUAUGUAACACAAAUAGAUUGUGCAUCCAAAUUAUUACUACCUAUUACCUAAUUGUGGCAAUUAUAGAUUUGACCAAGUAAAUGGAAAAGUAUGAAGGAGACAGCAGUUAAAUAAUACCUUGUAUGCUGACAUUUGUAAAUUAACUACUAAAAAUAGCAUAUUUGCACAACUUGAUUGCUAGGGUUUUGACAUUUUACACAUCAGCAACAACUAACGGCAGCCUAAGAGGGAUUUGAACCUGGAACCCUCUUGCUAUGAGGCGACAGUGCUAACCACUGCACCACUGUGCCGCCCUAUCCAAAAUCAUUUCCUCCAUAAUGACAACAGCACUAGACUAAUGGUAAAUCUCUGGCCAGCACUGUUUGGUUUUUGUUUUUGUUAUCUGACCACUGAUGGAUGGGGAGACCGGUCCUUAAGAAGAAUCAGACAGGAGUGAAGCUGAUUUGCCAGGAUAUGGAACAGGUGUGCAGAAGGUGACUGAAGGAAAACAGGGACCACCCAGCUCAGCAACAACAACAACAAACAUUUCAUCCUUCAGAGGAUCUGCUCAUACACAUUGUCCAAACCCAAAGUGACUAUGCUUUCACUGAUGCUAGAGCAGCCAAUAAUGUGCUUCCACUGACGAGCCAAGAGGAAGUGGAGCUGCCAUGUCUCCUUUCCCCCACAAUCCCUCACCUCGGCUGGCAGUGGGCCGCCUGGGGCUGGGCCUCCUCCCCCCAGAGCUCCCUCUGAGAGUGAGAUUCACUGGCUGCACAUGUCAGAUGAUGACGUUGAAUAAGGAGGCCUUGCUGCCAGAAGAUGGAGCUAUUUUACAGCAGAGUAGAGCAGUUAAGUUCAUGGACCACAUUGCAGAGUGGGGAUUCAUUGCUGGAGAGGUGGCAGUUGACCUCCUGGGCACCGCUGAGGUUUCCCAGCCCCCCAAAGACUCUGAUCACAGCUCUGGAGCCAUGGCGAUGUUUGGAAAGGUUUUGGAGCCAGUGGGCUACAUGCAAACUGUGAGGGUCCUUGUCCAGGGGGUAUGUUCCUAUUUGGGUGGCAGCUCCACACCAGAGGAGACUGAGAUGGCCAAGAAGAACCUGGACCACAUUGACCAGGAGCUGGGAGUUUCAGGUCAAGGCCUGCUGGAUGAUCAGGAGGUCCACCGGCUGGAGGAUGACCUAGCUGUGGUCUACUACCAGCUGGGCACAGCGGUGAGGGCCCACUCAGAAUUCACUAAGAAGGAGACGGAAGUGUUCCUGCAGUACGUGCAGGAAUACCGACUGGAGAGGCAGCUGACGGCGCUCUACAACCGUCUGAUGGGAGUGUCAGUGCUAACCGACCAGCCCACGCUGCUGGAGGAGGUCAUACUGAGCCGCAAGCCCAAACGCUGGGAGCUUAAGGAGUUCAACAUCAAGGUAAACUUUGUCCUGGCUACUGGCCUGCUGUGCCUCUUCACGCAGGCUUCUCUGACAGGCAGAGACCAGGCUCUACUGAUGAAGACCUGGUCUGAUCGCAUGGGUGCCCUCUACAGGAAGAUGAAAAACACAGGAAGCCGCUGCUUAGGCUACUUUCUGGAGCAGGCGGAAGAGGAUGUACGGCAGCAGCUCCACGAGGCCGUGCAGAACCGUGCACCCCCUGAGGAGGCAGCAGCAAGCAUCCUGAAGACCCUCGAGAAGAACUACGAUUGGCUGCGCUGGGCGGUGAUGCUUCACCCUGCUGUGGGACCCAUGGAGGACCAGAACGAUGAGGAGAUGCAAGAAGAAAAGAGCGAUGUGCCUGCAGAAAAGCAGUCUAACAAUUUACUUUUCGUGCCUUCUGAAGCACCUAUUCCCCAUGUGGUGGCGUGCUACCGUGACACACCAACUUCGCUGGACAAAAGUCGCAUCCACCAGCUCAUAGUGGACCUGGAGUGGAAGAUUCCCAAUCCGCCACCAGAAGUGUAUGCAUCCAUUGAGGAAGACCCAGGCAGGGCACGGCGUUACUUGGCCUCACGCAUGCUCACGAAGCUGCAAGAGGGCCUGGGAUCUGGUGUGGCUGUCCACGUGGUGCCGGGCAGGAUGGAGAUGAAGUGCAACUUCCCUUCAGCCUCCUACUACCUCUACGAGUACAAACACCGUCUGGCCUCAGGCACCGUGUGUGUGUUUGGAUGAACAAGAGGGAGGGAGAGGAAACAACCUGCUGUUCUCACAUGCCUGUUUCAUAAUCACAUUACAGUAUAAGUUUAUUUUUGGUGCUUUUACAGUGGCUUUAACAUGUAAAAUUAAAUCUAAUAUCAAAUAAAUCUCAUUUUAGAGGAAAAAGAAAAAUG